UCAUGUGUUUGUGACACAGAGAUUCCUUUGAGAGAGAGAGAGAGAGAGAGAGAGAGAGAGAGAGAGAGAGAGAGAGAGAGAGAGAGGAUUGAUUCGUUUACUUGGCCAGCUCCAUUUCAUCUCCAGGAAGGAGGGAACUGGGCAACGGCAGCAAGUGCGAAGCUUGGAGUUCUCGAAAAGAAGAAGUCUACGUUAAGAGAAUGAAACACUGUGUACCUGAUUAGAAAAUGGAGGAUGACUCUAGACUAUUUCAUGAUCUCCUUCAUCCAUCAAAUCAAAUGAGAUUUAUUGGACAAGACAACGACUUGGUAGAACUUUUGUGGGAAAAUGGGCAUGUGGUGUUGCAUAACCAAGCCAAUUGCAGACCCUCAGUGGCAGUUGCUGAAUCUAAACAAGCUCAAAAGCCUGAAACUUUGUUAAAAUGGGGGGUCUCUGUUGAGAGUUCAAGCGACUUGAUUCAAGAAGAUGAGACUUCAUUAUGGUUGCAAAGUCCUUUAGAGGAUCCAUUGGAUGAUGAGUUCUCAGAAUUCUUCUGUGACAUGUUGACUGCUGAGCCUCAUCUGAAUGAUAAGUUGAACAAAGGAAAUAAAUGUGUGACAUUUAGUUCUUUAAAAGAUAGUGAUGGUUUUCCUAAGCUAUCCAGUCUUAAUCAUCAACACAGUAUGAUGUUUCCUCCAAAAUCGCUUGCUUUUGUUUCUGUAAAACACUCCUCGAGUUUUGAGGAUGAUGAAGUCUUGAAUUUCUCCCACGAUAGGAAAUUAUUAAGUGCAGAAAUGGAACCAGAAAUCAGGAAUUCUGGUGGAAUUUCAUCAGGUGGUGAAAAUUUAGUGAGAAUCGAAGAAUCGUCCUCAAUGAGGACAAUUGAAUCAAGCAUUUGUGGCAGCAACCAUGAUCAAAAUCAAGUUGAGGCAAGCCUUACUUCAAGCAAUGAUGGAGGAAUGAAGGAGGAUUCUCAGCUGGGAUCAGCCCAAAAUUGUAGGCAAGCAAAUACAUUUGAUCUAAUGGUUGAUUCCUCAUCGGGUGGUUCUGGUUGUAGCUUUGGGAGAGUAGGACAGGAAAACAAAACAAGUCAAGGACACAAGAGGAAGGGAAGAGAUUUAGAAGAAACUAAAUGCCGUAAUGAGGAUCUCGAGCAAGAGCCAGUUGAAGCAAAUAAGCAUGCUCAGAGAACUUCUCCUUCACGCAGAAGUCGUGCUGCUGAAGUGCAUAACCUCUCUGAGAGGAGAAGAAGGGAUAGAAUUAAUGAGAAGAUGAGGGCUUUGCAAGAGCUGAUUCCUCAUUGUAAUAAAUCAGAUAAAGCAUCAAUGCUAGAUGAAGCCAUUGAAUAUUUGAAGUCACUUCAGUUACAAGUUCAGAUAAUGUGGAUGGGAAGUGGCAUGGCUCCAAUGAUGUUUCCUGGUGUUCAGCAGUAUAUGUCACGCAUGGGCAUUGGAAUGGGUCAUCCCCCAUUUCCACCAAUUCAAAAUCCACUUCAGUUACCAGGAUCCACAGUAACUAAUGACUCUAUACAAUCGAUUUCUAUGCCAAACCAGCAACUGUCUUUUCCUUCCACAGGAAUAAAUCUACUCAACGUUCCUAAUCAGUUGCCAAAUAUUCAUCUUCCCGUGCCAUUUUCACACUGCCUUGGCUUCUUUCCUCACAUGCAGAUGCCAAUUCAGGUGAUGGACAUGUAUGCUUAUGGAUCACAACUGAUGCAUCAGAAUCAGACUGCUGCAGCAGUUGAUAGCAGCCACAUACCUGCUGUAGGAGCUCCAUCUGAAAACAUUCAAAGUGGUCAUACAGGCUAACGGAUGAAUUAUUCAAAUUUGAAGCAUACGAGCUAAACCUCACAGCUCUUUGAAUCAACUGAAGACAACCAGAAGUUUAGGACUAGUAUCCAAUUGGAAACUUUGGUCCUCAUUCAUGUUCUACUUCUGUGGCAUAAUCCUCUUCUGGUUAGGCCUUUUGGGCAUUUAUGGAGUACAUAAUUGUAUUAAAAGCUAUAUCAACUUCUAAAACCUCCAGGAGGCCAUAAGUUUAAAGUAAUGAUAUUGUUAUUAUAAUGUUUUAAUGGAUAUAAAGAUCCAGAAAGUAUAGAAAUUUAUUUCUUUUAUAUCUAAUUCCAACUAGUUAGAGUCAAUUUUAUCAA